GCUUCCCGAGGGAGCCGGUGGAGCGCGCGGGAAAGAGACCAAUAUAAACCGUGGCGGGAGAUUUCGCUUUCGGGUCCUUGUGCAGUUAAACACCCUCGGUUGGAAAGUCGGUUGAUUGCUCUCAUCUCGGGUUUGAACAUGGUGCGGACAAAAGCGGACAGUGUCCCAGGCACCUACAGAAAAGUGGUGGCUUCGCGAGCCCCCAGGAAGGUGCUUGGUUCCUCUACUUCUGCUACUAACUCCACACCGCUUUCAUCGAGGAAAGUUGAAAAUAAGUAUGCAGGAGGGAAUCCGGUUUGUGUACGCCCAACUCCCAAGUGGCAAAAAGGAAUUGGAGAAUUCUUCAGGCUGUCUCCUAAAGAUUCUGAAAAAGAAAAUCGGAUUCCUGAAGAGGCAGGAAGUAGUGGCUUAGGAAAGGCAAAAAAAAAAAAAUGUGAGAGUCCCCACUUGGACUGACAGAACAUCUGAAGGAUUUGACUAGAUAACGAAUACCAAUAUUAAAUCUGCUGAAGGUUCACAUACAAGACUGAAGAGAGAGAGACAUUGAAAAUUAAUGAUGUGACAGAAAUCAAGAAAUAUGACACUUAAAACUUAAGAAAUAUGGACACUUAAAACUCUAUAAUAAGAAUAACUUCACUUUAGAGAAAAGGGAUAUGCUGCAAAAUGGAAAUUGGGUUUUUACUUUGAUUUAUGAAAUUUAGAAGGCCAUAAAAUGAUUAGGUUCUAUAAAAAGCUUCCAUGAAGCUAUUUAUAUGUACUUUGGAAGGAACCACCAGGUGUUAUUUCAAAUCCUCUGUGUAUUAUUUCAGCAGUCCGAAUUUAAUGCUGACAUACUCUACAUGAAGUUUUACAUUGUUCAGUUUUCAUUGUUCUCUUGGGAACUCCUUCCUCUGGGGCUUUAGAAUUGACAUUGCAUGUGACUUCAUGUAAUAAUUGACAUGUUCUACUACAAAUCUAAGCAUGAGUAAUUUUGGGAUAUAUACUUAAAAGUCAAAUGACAGGUAUUUUCCUAUCACACAUUCCCAUCCAGUAAGAAUGCCAGAUUUGUUUGAUUUGGAUCACUUAACUGGACUCCAAAGAUAAGAAAUUCAUUGACUUUAACCAAUCUUAAAUUCUGCCAUUUAUUUCUGCAUUUUUUAAAUAACUUUUUACAACUUAAAAAUAUAUUUUGAAGGCAUAUUUGACAAAUAUUGAAAUUAAGAUACAAAGAUAUGAAGGAGGCAAAAAUAAUGUAUAUUAGGUAUUUGGGAAGUGAAGACAGGAGUCUUGCAUGUGUGUGUAUAUCUAUAUAUAUAUAUAUAUAUAUAUUUUUUUUUUUUUUUUUUUUUUUUUUUUGAGAAAGAGCAUGAGUGGGGAGAGGAGCAGAGGGAAAGGGACAAGCAGACUCUGCACUGAGCACAGAGCCUGAUGUGGGAGGCUUGAUCCCAAGAUCCUGAGAUCAUGACCUGAGCUAAAAUUAAAAGUUGGAUGUUCAACCAACUGAGCCACCCAGGUGCCCCAAGACUUGCCUAUAUUAAAUUCACAACUCUUUUGUGCUCUUUCUGUGAAUACGUUUUUAAAAACUUUAUGAAUCAGAAUAGCUACAUUUGGAAAACUUUCUAUAUCAGUAUUUUUUGAUAGUUAGAAUUGAUUCUAAACCUAAGUUACCUGAUUCUGGAAUGUAAAACUUUUACAACUGCCUUGAUGUAUGGAAAGUUUUCUAGAAAUAGACACCCCAUGAAAUAUUUGAUUCACAUAUUAACACACUGAUGCUCAGGUUUACAGUAUCCAAUAUGACUAUAGUAGGCUUAAUAUGUUUUAAACCAGUAUUUGUCAUUUUUAGAAACCCAUAGGAGAACAAUCAGAUCCAACAGAUCUCAAGCUAUGUGGGAUCUAUGGGUGUGAAUGAAUAUUCCCUUCAUAUCUGAACACCAUACAUCUGUUUGGGAUUGUACAUUGUGUUUGGAAUUGAUUUCCAUUGAACACAAACUCAAUGGCUGAAAGAGCAACUAAAACAAAGUAUUUGGAUUACAAAAUGAUGCUUAUGCAUAAAAAAUUUUAAGAAUUCGAUACUGUUCAUAAGAUCAUUUAAUAAAUGUUUAUUGAGUGCUUGCCAUCCAUGUUACAAGAUAUAUAUAUCAAUCAAGAUAUAUAUAUAUAUAUAUAUUUUUUUUUUUUUUUUAAGCAAUCUUUACACCCAGUGUGGGGCUUAAAUUCACAACCUCAAGGUCAAGGGUCACAUGUUCUUCCGACUGAGCCAGCCAGGCUCCCCUGUUAUGAGAUAUCUAAAAGGAAUGUCAAACUCUAGAGCAGUGAUUAAAUUUUAGACUUUGUUGCUAUGUCACUUUUACGAUUUCAGGUUUCAAUAAAAAUCAACAAUGAAUGGGAUACAUUUUUAGAUAAAGCCUUUUAACAGA